GCCUCUGGAAUCGCUGAAUUUUCUACUUUUAGAAGCAACAAGAGAUGGAAAAAUAUCGGCUGCUGCCAAGUGAGGGAUGUUUGAAGAUGACACAGUUGAUGGCACUGGAUACGGAAACUUCAGUUUGUAGUUACAGGACCUGUUUGCUGCAAACAGUGAAAAAAUCUGCUCUUUUCUCAGGAAUUAAAGGAAAAUGGACUAAAAAAAUCAGUGACGGCUGAAGCGUGGACGCUUUACGAUUUCAAUAAAAUGAAGGACCUAAAAGUCCAUUGUUUUCUCCAAAGGUGCCUGGUUUUUCAGGGAGAGAGGUACCUGCCUUGUGAUUUCCUGGGAGCAAAUCUGAUCACACUGCCUAUUAGGCCUGGAUGUGCUGGGAUUAUCCUCCUGCUGCUGUGACAAUCAGCAUUAUUAUUUCAGGGAGUAACUGUAAACCGUAGAUUUUUAUGGAUCGGCUUCGCUUGGAAUAAACAUCAUGUCAAUGGGAACAGAAUGGUUGAACCUUUCCCAGAGGGAACACAGAUGGCUCUGUUUGGUAUGGGCUGUUUCUGGGGAGCCGAGAGGAAGUUCUGGAGGCAGAAAGGAGUCUAUUCCACUCAAGUGGGUUAUGCAGGAGGACAUACCCCAAACCCUACCUACAAGGAGGUGUGCUCAGGCAGGACUGGGCACACCGAGGCCGUCCGGGUGGUGUUUGAGCCACAAAACAUCAGCUUUGAGCAACUGCUCAAGGUCUUCUGGGAGAGCCAUGACCCGACACAAGGGAUGCGGCAGGGGAACGACGUCGGCACUCAGUACCGCUCGGCCAUCUACACCUUCUCCCAGGAACAGAUGGAAGCUGCCCUGAGAUCCAAGGAAGAAUAUCAGAAGGUGCUGAAGGAGGAAGGCUUUGGCCCCAUCACCACGGAGAUCCGGGAGGCUCCUGAGUUUUAUUAUGCUGAGGAAUAUCACCAGCAGUACCUCAGCAAGAACCCUGGAGGGUACUGUGGCCUGGGAGGGACAGGGGUUCCCUGCCCCGUGGGCAUCAGGAAAUAGCCUGUGCUUGCUCCACCACCUCCUCUUCGUUGUAAGGAGCUUGGGGAAAAAAAAGACCAGGAACCUUGGUGGAUGUUCCUUGGUGGAUGUUCCUGCAGCAUCCAAGAUUUGGGAAUCCGCUUUCCAUAAUCAUCAUUUUUCUUUUUGUUGCCAUCAAAAGCCAAAGUAGAGGCAGGGAUUGCUCCCGUUCUUGCUCUGUGCAGCUCCUGGGUUUUCCUUGUCAUCUGAAGAGGUGGAAAGAGAUCCAAACUUCUGAAGUUUGGCUUGAAAUGCUGUUAAAAGGGUGAAUUAGGAGGUGGCUGCACCUGUAGCUGCUUUGCAUUUCCAAUGCCUUUGGACUUUCUGAUUUUCUUGGGUUAAUUAAUUUCCUGGUGUUCCCAGAGCUUUGACUUCUGGAGAUGGGGUUGAGUUCCUUACCUGUCACAACCCUGGGAUGUCUUUGGGAAAGGUGAAUUGAUCAGAUCAGUGAUUCUCCCACCACAACUCCACUUUCACAGCAUUUAGUACCACCUGUAGUGCCUAUUUUCUGAAAUUAUUUUAGCCAUAAAAAAUAAAAUUGUAAUGUGAUGCUUCUUUUUGACAGUUCCAAGAAGUGAAUAAACACAAAAAGAAUUCAACUUUGUUUCCUGCUCUGCAAUAAAUGACAGAAUAAGAAAA